AUGUUCUCUCAAGGAUGGUCCAGAAAGAGGGCCUGCGAACAGGAUGGGACUAGACUGAAGCUGAUCCUACAGAGGUAUUGCGAGGCAGCAGGCCAACUUAUCAAUCUCAAUAAGUCUAGAAUUCUUUUUUCUUCAAACACACCAGAGGACCGGAGGAGAACCAUGAGUCAGUUGAUGGAAAUCGAAGCUCUUCCAACAUCAAAGGAUUGGGACUUUGACUCUCUAUGGAAGCUUACCAAUAUUGAGGAAUAUUGUGCUAUCACAGCUAUUCCGGUCUCGAAAAAUUUGAACACAUUACACCAAGCGGUGGAGGUUCUUAGCAAGGUGGCGAUUAUUUGGUGGUCCAUUUGGAGGAUGAGGAAUGAUGAUGUUUUUCAUUCGGCUCCUCCCAAUCCAACAGUCGCACUAAAAAGGGCACGCGUGGAUGGUUGGUUUAGACCUUCCAUUGGCCUGGUCAUGGCAAAUUGUGAUGGUGUUUUUAAUAUAAAGUUGAAGAAAUUAGCAAUAGGUGUGGUUAUUAGGGAUCAUAAAGAGAGGAAUGAGGCAAUAGUGGUAAGUGAUUCUCAUGUUCUGAUCUCAUUGUGUACUGGUGAAAAAGCUCCACCUUGGGAGAUUGCAGCUUUGGUGGAUGAUAUCAAACUGAUUUCUCACAGUCUUAGACUCAGGUUGGUAUAUUAUCCUCGUAAUUCUAACAAGGCAGCCUAUUGGGUGGCCAAAGCGAAGUUGUCCUCUUCUGUCUCAAAUGACUGGGUUUUUAACCCACCCGCGGAGUUGGGACACAUCCUUUCUUAUGACUGUAUGUAUGAUCAGUUUUCUUAA